AUGAAUGUCCCUGGCUAUCGUGGCACAGUGCUUCCUAUGAACAUACGUUCUCAGGAGCCUAAUCCACGCCUGGCAACAUCCGGGAGUGGACAAAGUCAAGCUCAACUGGAUACGGUCAAGCAACAGGCUCCCAAGACACUUAUGUCGCCUGUCUCGUCACUCAAGGCCCCAAACACCAUCCGGAAGAAAACGAAGCGUAUUGCAGAGGAGACAGACACGUUAGACACCACUAGCAAUGAAAGAGGUCGAUUUCCGGUACAACCAGCUCGAGGCGAAAAGAACAGCGACGAAGGCGAAGUUUGGCGGAAAUAUCACCAGUUCCUUGAAGCUGAUCAAGCAGGCCCUGGCAUCAUCGCACAUGAUAAUUCUAUUGAUCAUCUGAUCGUGGUGAUAAAGGAAAUCAGGGUCCACGCCAGUGAAAAUCAGCGCCGGCAGCUGUACAGAGUCCUGAACGAAAAGCCAACCAAUAUUGUCCAUCUUACAGACCUUUUCCUCGGCACGCUAUCUGUGCACGCUGUCUAUGAGCCGCUUGAGACGUCUAUGCACCAAAUACAGGCAACCAGCCGGCGAGAUAUCACAGAGAUCGAGCUGGCGAUCAUCGGCAAGGAGAUUCUCCACGGACUCGAAUACAUCCACAAUGAACUGGGAAUAGUUUACGGGCAGCUGAACACAAGGAACAUUCUCCUUUCACAUCGUGAUUGCCAUCUAAAGUUAGCAAAUAUUGCAGCAUCCAUUCUUAAACACCAACAAGGAAGUUAUUCUCGAGAUAUAGCUGCUGUGGGGACGUUGCUCGUAAGUAUGAAGGAGCCUGGGACCAGUGGCCGCAAUCCAGAAAGCCUCCAGCUAGAGAACCCCGAAGAGGUUAGUGAGCUUUGCCGUAGUUUUAUUCAGUUGACUGGCACUUCCUCCAUAUCAACUUUACUGAAGGCAAGUCAACGUCUACCAACGGAGUAA